AUGCAGAGUUCAAGCAAAACACAAGAGCUAGUACCAUUCUUUUCUGAGACUCAGGAGGUAGUCUAUACAAAUUCCAACAGAAAAGUACCUGAAACUGAAGGUGGCAAAAAUAACAUGAUGAUACGUGUAGCCGCAGAAAAUCAACAAGGUGGUGUUACUGCUAUAGACCAUGGGGAAAUGCCAAAUAAUUUUGCACGUGGGAAUAAAAGCUUGUAUAAUGAAAGGGUUGAGUCUUUUGCAGCAGCAGCAAGAGAGGGCCAAGAUAGGAAGCCACCCUCACCAAAUCCAAAGGGUGCAGCAGAGGGACACAAUAGCAAACCUGGUGGUGGGAAAAAGAAAGGCAAAAAGGGGAGGCAGAUCGACCCGGCUCUGCUUGGGUUUAAGGCCUUGUGUGUAGCUGUGUUUGCUGAUGGAGAAGUUGCAGAAGGCUAG